AUGGCUGACGGCGGUACAGCCGUUGAUCCCGGAGGUAGCGGAGUAGCCGUUUCCGGAACACAACAAAACCGAGGUGGCCGUCGUAGAGGCCCUCGAAGGGGCGGUGCAAAUAACCAGACGCCAGUGGAAACCGCUGGUGAUGAGCAGCAGCCCAUCGCCCGUGGCACGGGCCGUCGUGGCCGUGGAGGUCAACGCCAGAAUCAGGCAAAUGAUGGGCCCGCCCAGUCUCAAGGUGAUACCCAGAUGGAGAAUCAAAAUCCGGCCCGAGGAUCGGCUCGACGAGGCCGGGGAGGCCGGCAAGCUGGACAAAAUCCGCAAGCCCAAGGACAGCACCCCGUUUCCGAGUCGGAAUCGGCAAAUCGCGGUGAGCGUGGAGGCCGUGGAAAUCAAUCUCGCCCGGCCAAUCGUGGGAACCGCGGCGCCGGACCGGGCCGCGUGUACAUACCUCGUCCUCCACCACUCUUUGAUGAGUUUGAGCGCGGAGAACACGGUCCCCAGCAGGACUUCACGAUUGGCCCCCUCAACCCGAAUUCCUCGAGGGGUCGUCGCGGCUCGUUUUUCCAGGGCAACUGGCACCAGGGACAGAUGGUGCAGCAGAGAAACGGCCCUAACCCAUUCCACUUCGACCCCAGCGCCCCGGAAUUUGUCCCCGGCCAACCUAUGCGAGGACCCAAAACACCAAAGCACAACAAGCCCAGGAAGUAUCCGCCGAGGGAGCGCGCUCCAUCCCCGGAAAUCCCAGAUGCGCCGAAUCAAGAUCAACGAGAAAAACUCAUCUACCAGCUGCAACAGGAAUCGCUGGACUGCACGAUUUGCCUGAACAAAGUGCGCAAGCGUGAUCGAAUCUGGUCGUGCUCCACAUGCUACAACAUUUUCCACCUGCCCUGCAUGCGCACCUGGGGCAACUCGACGGAGACGGCGAUGUGGAAGUGCCCGCUCUGCCAGCUCGACUGCCCCCCAAAUCCACCCUACAAGUGCUUUUGCGGCAAGGAGAAGAAUCCGGAAUUUUCGAGAGGCGAAAUCCCACACAGCUGCGGCAAGCCCUGCCAGAAAGUGAAGGGCGUGAAUUGUCCUCAUCUCUGCACCGAGCCAUGCCACCCUGGCCCGUGUCCGGAAUGUCCGGCCACCGUCCUGAAGCCGUGCCUCUGCGGCAAGAAGCGGAUUCCGGUGCGCUGCGGGGCAAAGUCGGCCCUGCGCAUGUGCGCGCUGGUCUGCGAGAAGCCGCUUCCAUGCGGCAAGCACAAAUGCGCGAGGCCCUGUCACGACGGCGCUUGUAACGAUUGCGAGCAAGAGGAGGAAAAAGUCUGUUGCUGCGGCAAGGAGACGAAAAUGGUGCGCUGCGGGACGACCUUUUCGUGUGAGCAAGUUUGCGGGGGGAUGCAUAGCUGCGGUCUUCACACCUGCGUUCAGAUCUGCCAUCCGCCGGUCAUUGGCGCCGAAGCCGGUAAGACGUGCGGCCCCUGCCCGCAGAGCAACGAGAAGCUGAAAACGUGCCCCUGUUCGCAGACGCCGCUUGAGAAACUCGGCCGAACGAAGUGCGACGAGCCGGUGCCGACUUGCGGAAAGACGUGCAACAAGCAGCUGUUUUGUGGCAGUGGAGAACAUCGCUGCCAAUCCGCUUGCCACCAAGGCCCUUGCCCGCCUUGCCCGUUGAGCACCAGCGUGCCCUGUCGAUGCGGCCGCAGUCGGCAAGAAGUCGAUUGCGUCGAGUUCAACAGCAAUUUCGAGCUCUACUCGACGCUGGAAUGCGAUAACAUUUGCCCGAAGAAGCUGAUGUGCGGCAAGCACGUUUGCCAGAAGAAGUGCUGCCCGUUGGACAUGCACAUUUGUGAGAAGGUGUGCCAAAAGAAGCUGACCUGCGGCAAGCACACCUGCUCAAUGCUCUGCCAUCGUGGCCCCUGCUUGCCGUGUACUGUAGUUUGUAGUUCUGAUUUU